UCCCAUCUGGUAACACUGGGCCGAAGGCGGGAGCGUGGGUAAAUCAGCAUCAGCCGGCCAAAAAUUUGCAGAUCAGAUUAGUCUUUUUUUAUCUUAAAACAAUUGUUUACGUAUAUUUUUAAAAUUUGCUUACAACCGAGUUAGCCCGCCUUAGUUUAGUUUCGCAUAAUGACUGCUCCGCAAGCACAGGUGGACUUCUUUUUAACAGCGGGAAGUAUGCUGGAAUGGCAUGAUAGUCUGGACAGAAAUAAGCCGGGUCUGCUGGAAUUGACAGGCGUUAGCCAACAUGGGCGAGCCACCAUGAGUGGACUCAAUGACUACGAUUACCAGAGCCUUUCGUUCUUCAAAUCGGAUGAAACACAUAACCUACAACAAAUGCGGACUGUAAGCAAAUCGACCAUUCCCAACGAGAUCCUUGAGCACUUCAAGCACAUAAAAUGUCACUGCACCAUGGGGCUGUUUCCGGAAAUUGGUCGCGCCUGGCUAACCAUUGAUUCGGAGAUUUAUAUUUGGACCUUCAAUCAGUUUCGGGAUGUGGCGUACUAUGACGGACUGAGCCACCUUAUUGUUAGCGUUGGUCUAGUGAAACCAAAAGCCGGCGUCUUUGUUGAGGAUGUCAAGUAUCUCCUGAUCCUCACCACGCCCAUCGAAGUCAUUGUCCUAGGCGUAACCUUUGGUGAGAGUACGUACAAAGAAAUGCAGCUGAUGAACAAGCCCAUUUUUGUUAUUGCCACUGAUAACGUGUCCAUCAGCGUCAUUAAGGGAACCAAUGACGGACGCAUCUUUCUGGGCGGCCGAGAUGGUUGCCUAUAUGAGAUAUUCUACCAAGCCGAAUCUAGUUGGUUUGGGAAACGUUGCAAGAAGGUAAACCUCUCCCAAGGACUGGUCUCAUACAUGGUCCCCAGCUUCCUCAAAGGUUUUUUCGUAGAUCCAAUUGAACGCAUAGAGAUUGAUAACAGCCGAAAGCUGCUAUACGUUCUAACAGAAAGAGGUUCAAUUGAAGCCUGGGAUAUCGGUACGGAUUACUCAAAUGCUCGAAGGCUGGGACGAAUCACCCAAAACGAUAUUACGAACCAAGCAAUCGGUUUGAUCACUACUGUGGACCCGGCUAUUUUCAAAAGUGUCAAAGCCAUCUGUCCCAUAAGUGCCGACGAUUCUGCUGGCAAACUGCAUCUUGUGGCUGUGACGCAGUGUGGUGUGAGACUUUAUUUCUCAACAACGUCUCUAAAUGUGCCGCAGCAAUUCGGUAACACAUCGGUUUGUACUCAGGCUGAAAAUACUGGAUUUGGUCAGUCAGCGACGCAGCCAGCACUGUCGCCAGGAGCUGACUCCCCAAAAGGACUCUACCUUCUUCAUGUUCGCCUUCCGCCCGGUUAUACACCAAACGCCACCACAAACAAGCCAAAACAGGUGCAUGCCGCCUACUAUACGGAAGGUACAAUGUUGAUGAUUACCACUCAGCAGCAAGAGCAGGAUCUACUGUGGUCAGUUAGCUCGGCUCCAUCUGUUAACUUUUCUUACCUGGUGGAAUCGACGGCUCUGGAGAGCCUAGAUGGAGUGGUUUGGGGUUUGGCUGAGUUGUACGAACCGUCAACGCCACUUCUUAAGUCUCCAUUAAACAGUGCCCGCCACUCCCGCAAAGUAGCAUUGCUUACCAACCAAGGUACACAAAUAGUAGAGCUUCUCAAGAUGGUCGACGUACUGCAACAGAUUCUACUGUCGUGUAAUGGCCCGCACCACGAGGAGGUAAAGAUGUUCUUCCAAUCACAGAAUCAGAGAGAGGCAUGUGUCACCGCACUAUUGCUGGCCACUUCGGAAAAAUACCGUGGAGGCGACCUCGGCUUGUGGGCGACCCAGGCGUUCAUGCUAUACGGUGGGGAGCCGUGUUACCAACAUCAAAAGUUCCUAAACGCCGGUAACCGCAAUAUGGCUAAUCAAACACUGGGCCCAAAUACGACGACCGGAAGAGAGCGUCUACCCAUGUUUAUGUCGACACCAAUGCCAAAUACUGGGGCAACCAGUCCUGGUGGUUAUCCUGGAUCCCAUUUUAAUCAACCUAUAAGUCCCAUUGGAAAUGUGCAGAAAUCGCAGGUGGUUGGUAAUGAGAAUUCGCCAAUCGUUUUUUCGGCCAAGCACGAUGGACUUUACUUGUAUGUCUCCCGAAUGUUGCGAUCAAUAUGGCAAAUGCGUUGUGUAAAUGAGCAGUUUGGCUCCAAUCUAAGUCAAAAGGAUUGUGGCCUCUUGCAAUCCGAUCUCCGAUCCCUGCGCAGCUUCCUGGAGGUACACUCUGUUCAUGAUAUUUCCUCGUCUACGCGAUUGUCGUUUGACUCUCAUUUGGACAGAACGAAUUCAUACAAUACCAUUAUGAUGAACAACACCCUCCUGCCAAUUCCUGAGCAGCGGAUUCUAUCUGAGCAGGCUCAAGUUGAGGAAAAGCGAUCACUUUCAGCUCUCAACCUCUUUGUCAAACACGCCUGUGAGGUUGUAUCGCUUUGGAGCAUUCUAAACGCACAUUCCUUUCAGCUGAUAUGCUUGCAACUCAGUCCCGAACAUCAAAAAAUGCUGAAGUGCUGCACUUUCCGCGACCUUCUUUUAACACGUUCUGAGGUCUGCGCGUUUUUGAUCAUAUCUCUGAUCAAUUUAUAUCUCAAGGACAAAGCCGGAGUUUCUGAGGUGUCCAUGAACUUGCGCGAGAAGUGCCCCAAUCUCUACAGGCAUGAGGAUGAUGUGACCUACAAGGCCACUGAGUUGUUAAUGAAUGCCAAGAAUUGCACAUCGUCCACCGAAAAGCAGCAAAAGCUGCGAACCACACUGCAUAUGUGCAAGGAUGCUGCGCCCACACUGCCACUGCACAGUAUUUGCCAGCAGUUCAUUUCCGCUGAUUUCUUUGAGGGCGUAAUCGAGCUUUCGGCCGUGUGCGCGUCAAAAAGCGAUCCAGAGGAAGUUGGCAUCCACUUUUACAAUAAUGGAGAACCAGCUGAGGACCGCGAAGGUUACUCUUGCUUCGCUACAAGAAUGACGUACUACAAGGAGGUGCAACUUAUGCUGGACCAUAUCUACCAGACUUCAUGCAACAAGUCACACGUCCAGGAUCAAACGCAAUCGCCAAUUCAACUUCAAAAUACUGCAAAAACCAAGGAUGCACGGAACACAGCUAAGCAAACUAUCCCAAAAAUUGUGGCCCAGGCACUGCGGGUUAAGGACCCUCUGAUCCAUGUAACUAUUUAUGAAUGGCUGCUCUCCCACGACAUGUUCAGUGAACUUUUGGACGUAGUCGAUGCAUCGUUGGGAGAGUUUCUGCGCCGCAGUGUGUCGCGAAACGCCGACAAUGUCGUGUUGAUCGACUUGCUGUGGAAGUACUACGAAAAGAACGGUCAUCAUUCCCAGGCAGCCCAGAUAUUGGACAAUUUGGCUAUGACACGCAGUGAAAACAUAACUUUGGAACAGCGAAUAGAGUAUUUGGUGCGUGCUGUUAUGUGUAUGCGAAAUGGGAACGUUGGCUCAUCAAUAACUAAUGGCAUUUUCCUGAAGGAACUGGAGGACAAGUUGGAUAUAGCACGAGUUCAAAAGUCAGUGCUGGUCGCUAUGACGGAAUUGGCUCGCCACAAACUGGAAGCCUCCACGGCCGUCAAGGAGUUAAAUUAUGCAUUGUUUGAUAUUACGCAGCUUUAUCAGCACUUUGCGGAACCGUUCGACCUCUGGGAGUGCCAAUUGUCCAUACUUAAUUGUUCCCAUCACAACGACCCUCUUUUAAUCGAAUCGGUCUGGGGUAACAUAAUCAAUAGCAUUGUAGAUGAGCCAGGCACAACUCAAGAACGGAGCAAUAGGUUAUUCACAAAAAUUGAACUUUUGGUAAGAGAGUACGGGGAGUCCGGAGCCUGCUUUCCCUUUGCUUUUCUCAUAAGAGAACUGGAACUCAAAGCCUGCCAACUGCGCUUGCCUGAGGGUAUAGUGGCGGAGAAACUGGUGACCAUGAAUCUAGAUGUUGAACUGCUCCUGGAAUACUAUUCGAGGAUGAUUUCAAUGAACGAACGCGUUUGGGCGAAUGAAGGUAAUGAGUGGCAUUUGAUCCAAUCCGCUAUCCGAGUCGUCUCCCUCAUGGCAGACAACGCUCAAUCCAUUUGGUACCGUUCAAAAAGACGAAUUGUUGGUAAGGCUCAAGACAUAGUGGCGGGCUGCUUGAACAUUUGCUACCAAAAACCCGACACUAAUCGGCUUCAACAUUCGCUUAAGGAACUUCAAAGCCGACUGCAACGUUUGUUGGUUUAAAGACCUUUCCUUGCAUAAAGUUAUUAUUUCAAUUGAUUUUUAAAAUGCUGGAUUAGACGUUAAGUUUGACUGAGAUAUAUAUUGUAUUUGUAAUAAACAUGUUAAAUAAAUUGAUUUUCUCACA